AUUGUUUUUUCCCCGGCCCCCUCGGCCGGUCCACGGGCGGCGGCCGUGUCCAAACAGCGCUCCCUUCUCUCCCUGCCCUCUCGCUCCCCCCCCCCUCCUCCUCCCUUCGCUCGCCGCUUUCUCUCCCUCUUCCUCCUCGCCGGGAUUCUUCCUGCCUGCUGUUGUGAUGGCGACAACUCCCCAGUUCCUUGUGAGCGCCCCGCCCGGCUUCCGCCAGGCGUGUCUCUCGCUCAACAAGUUCCCCACCGAGACGCUCAUCGCCCUGGCGCUUGACACCGCCGGCGAGAGUCGCUCCCCGCUGGACUUUGCCGAGAUCUCCAAGACCAUCGUUCCGACCAACCCCGCGGUCACGGCGGCCGUCAUCCAGAGCUGCCAUUCGGCCCUGCUGUACAUCUUGACCUCGACGAUCCAGUACAACCUGACCGCCGAGCGGCGCCUCUCGCCCAAGAGCCUGGCCCAGCUGCUCGGGCGCGAGAGUCUUCUCUCCAGCAAGGCGGCCAGUGUGCUGACGCACUGCUGGGAGGGCGCCCUGCUCCGGCAGGCCCCGGUGGUCCGGGACCAUGCCGGUGUCCAGGCGGCCGACCACUCGGAGAUGCUGGCCGCUUUGGCCGGCACCGGGCGGCUGGUGGGGGUCAAGUGGGACCUGGCCCUGGGCCUGGCCCGAUCGAUGGCCGCCGAGGGCCAGGACGCGACGAUGUCCGACCGGCCAGAGAUGCUCGUGCGCCUGGUGCUGGAUAUUGAUGCCGGAGUGCAUGCACCGGUCCAGCGCAUCCCGCUGGAGCUGUCGCUGCCGGAGUUCCGGAGCUUUGCUGCCCACAUCAAGCAGCUCGGUGGCCACUUCGACAUUCCGACCAACUAGGCGUGUUCGGCGUCCCCUGCCCGCCUCCCCGGCCUCCCUUCGGACCUGUGACCUUGUGCCACCGCCGACCAGCGUGUUUGAGCCCCCCGCUCCCCCCCCCCCCUCCCCUC